GUGGGUGGGUUCUUCUUGCAGAGCAGUUGGAGAGAGAGAGAGAAACAGAGGCCUUGCCUGCCUGCUCGCUUGCUUGCCUCUUCCUCUCCCUCUCUAAAAUGGCCGCUGUUUAGUUCAGUUGUUGACCUGAGGACAGCGAGAGAGAGGAGGAGAGAGGUGGUGGUGGUCUGGUGGAUAUACAGAUCAUUUGGAGCUUACUGUCGCCUCGCAAGAAGCCACACUGCUGCACUUGGAGCUCCUCGCUUGCCGGGCUGGUUCCUUCUCCUCCCUCCGAUUCUUGGGAGGUGCCGAGCAAUGGAGGUGGAGGCGCACGAGAAGAAGGGCCACCGGGCCUUCGCCAAGGCAAUCAAGUCCUUCGGCUCGCACAGGCGUUCCAACAGCGAUCUUGACAAGAUGUGUGGCAAAGAUGCGCUCUACGCUUCAGACAAAACAUUUGUCCCGCCUAAGCAAGUGGAAGGCGUGAAGGCCAAGGUGAAGAGUGAUUUGAGUAAGGAGGUGCAGCCUGGGAGAGGCGCACAAAGCUCCCUGAGAAAAGAGAUUCUUCAACUAGAAAAGCACCUCAAGGAUCAGCAGGUGGUGCGUGGCGCCCUGGAGCAAGCCAUGGGGCCGGACGCUGCCCCGGUCAACAACCUCUUGCACGAGAUGCCAAUGCCAAAGGCCGCCAACGAGCUGAUCCGGGAGAUCGCCACGCUGGAGCUGGAGGUCAAGAACAUGGAGCAGUACCUGCUCACCCUCUACCGGCAGGCGUUCGAGCAGCAGGCAACGCCUGCAUUGUCUCCCCCGGAUCGCCGGGAGGCGCUGAAGCCGUCGGUGAGCGCGCGGUGGUCCGGCCAGCUCCGGGAAGCACCCGGUGCCAGGGUCUCUUGCAAGAGCAGAGGUGAUGCCGCGCUCCGGUCCAGCUACCCGCCCCCGCCGCCGCCCCGUAAGAAGUGGAAUGAUCCGUUGAUGGACUGCUCUACGUCGGCGUGCUUGGAUAGACCGAAUGACUCUGAUGCGCUCCGCUGCCAGUCUGCGUUGUCGUGCCGUGGGAUCUGUUCUUCUAGGAUAUCGCCUUCGGAGGAGAGCCUUGCCAGGGCCCUGCGCUCGUGCCAUUCUCAGCCUUUCUCAUUUCUGGAGGAAGAUGCUGCCGCAGCCGGGGUGAUCAGCUUAGCAGAGUAUCUGGGCACAAAUGUAGCCGAUCACAUCCCUGAAACUCCAAACAACCUCUCCGAGGAGAUGGUGAGAUGCAUGGCAGGGGUAUACUGCAAACUCGCAGAUCCUCCGUUGGUUCACCACGGCUCCUCGUCUUCUCCGACGUCAUCGUUCUCGUCAACCAGUGCAAUUUCUCCACAGUAUGUGGGGGACAUGUGGAGCCCCAAUUACAAGCGAGAGACGACGCUGGACUCCCGGUUGAUAAACCCGUUCCAUGUCGAGGGGUUGAAGGAGUUCAGUGGACCAUACAACACUAUGGUUGAGAUUCCAGCGAUUUGCCGCGACAACCGGAGGCUAAGAGAUGUUGAGGAUCUUCUCCAGACCUACAAGUUGAUACUGUACCGUUUGGAAACCGUUGAUCUGAGAAGGAUGACAAACGAAGAGAAGAUCGCGUUUUGGGUCAACAUACACAAUGCACUUCUGAUGCAUGCUUAUCUCAGGUACGGCGUCCCACAGAACAAUCUGAAGAAGUCAUCAAUACUUGUUAAGGCCGCCUGCAAAAUCGCGGGACGAAACAUCAAUGUAGCUCUGAUCCAGAACCUGGUUCUUGGAUGCAACACGCAUUGUCCCGGACAGUGGCUACGUACUUUGCUUUACCCAAGGAUGAAAAGCAAAGCGAGCAAAGCAGGGCAUGAGUGGCAAGCCUUUGCCGUUGCGCAAUCGGAGCCUCUUUUACGCUUUGCGCUUUGCUCGGGCAGCCAUUCUGAUCCCGCGGUGAGGGUGUACACCCCAAAGAGGCUGUUCCAGCAGCUGGAGGCCGCCAAGGAGGAGUUCAUCCGGGCAACGGUCGGCGUGUGGAGGGAGCAGAAGAUACUGCUGCCGAAGCUCGUGGAGGCGUACGCCAAGGACGUCAAGCUCUCGUCGCAGGGCCUCGUCGACAUGGUGCAGCGGUACCUCCCGGAGAGCCUGAGGACGGCGAUGCAGCGGUGCCAGCAGCAGGGCGGCGGGAGGUCGAGCAAGAUCAUCGAGUGGGUGCCUUACAACCUCAACUUCCGGUAUCUGAUCGCCAGGGACCUCGCGUUUCCUCACCUGAGCUGACCUUGUGAGAUGGACUGACCAAGUAUAUGGUGUAUGAUAGGUUUAUUAUUAGGUCCAGUGUGGAGUUGUGUAUUUUGGUUGGCGGUGUAAAUUUUUGUGUAGAUGAAAGAAAAAUAGGGGAAGAAAUUGAGAAGCAAACAUGUUUAACUUAUGUGCCACGCGCUCUUGCAUCA